UUAGCUGUUUCUUUUAGUAUUUACCUUCAGGUUUCUAAUAUAUUUGUAUUGCUCUUUUUAAUGGUAUCUACUUACUAUUAUGGUAAUUGAUGCAUCAACACCACCCGUUUCUCCACUCUCAUCCUCAAAAUAUAGUCAGUGAUAUAGUUAGUUAAAUCAGUAGUUACUGAUUGUAUUGAAGGAGUUCAGAACACAGCACCCAAAAACAUGAUGCUCCAGCAUACUAUUUUGAGUUAAAAGCACUUGAAAAAUAGCAGCUGCAAGAAGGACAUUCUGAUUCUCCUUCCUUUUCUUAAAAGCAGGAGAUAAAAUUCCCAUGUGAAAGAUAUCGUCCCUAUUUCAGAAGGAAAGAGAAAUUCAUGUCACCAAAGGCAUGAGGUCGAGGCCAUGAUAAAUCUAUACAAACAAACCUUGUUAACCUAACCCCUAUCUUUCUAGUCACUCACUCAUAUAACUGCUCCAGCCUAGUCACAUUUUCACAAUUUAUUAUUCUUUGUCCAACUCAGUAUAUAAAGCAUUCAACUCAAUUGGGUCUUAACUUUUCUUGUGAAGACUCCCAAGUGCAUGUAAAGAAGGUAUAAUUAAAAUUUGUAUGUUUUUCCUGUUAAUCGGUUUUCUGUCAGUUAAAUUCUUAGGUCCAGCCAGAGACCCUAAGAAACUAGAGGAGAAAUUAUUCAUCCCCUACAGCAUUAUUCUGAUUCUGUGAUUCAAGAGGAACUAUUUAUUUUUUUGUUUUUUUGUUUGUUGUUAAUAACUCAAAAGUAAAUGUAAUAAGAAGCACCGAAUCAUAAACCUAACGUGUCAUUAUUAUGGUGUCGUCGCUCCCCCUCUGGCAAGGCUGAAAUUGGUUGUGGUCUCAGGAAACCAAGUUUACCUGGAUCUGUUUUGUCACCUCUAAAAUAGGAGAAAUACUUGUGUUUUCUUCCUAAGACAAAGGUCUUAGAAGAAGCAAAGUAGGAGUAAGAUAGAAUAAGAUAGUGAAUUUUAGCCCCUUGUAAACUUCAAGUGUGAAAGAACUAUGAAGCAAAAUAAUCACUAGACCAGGGGAUUUCACAAUUUUUGACUGAAAACAAGGUUCUAGCCUUCAUUCCUCUCCUGAUUGACUCUGGGCAAAUCUUUUCAUACUGGGGUGGCUGUUUUCUAACGGGUAAUGCAGACAUAUCAAAGUUAAUGAAUAAUUAUGAUAUGUUUACACUGCUAACACAAUUUAUUCGGAUGUAUAACAAUUUGUAAACAGCUUGUACUCUUCAGCAAUCUCCAACUACCGACCAACUCUGAUUUUAUUACUGCUUCUAAAUGAGACAUUAACUACACUCGAAGCUAUCCACUGUCCCCACAGACAGCACAGUAGAAAUAUCUAAGUAGGAGACUGCCGGAUCACCUGGUUUCCUGAAGACACAGGAGACUAAGGUGGGAAUGAAAUGCAUUUGCGGCAGAUCCAACAACAAAAUCGAAAGUUAGAAAACAAUCAGAAAUUAACAGGAUUAAUUAAACGGCGGUUGAGAACACUUUAGUCACUGUAGGAAAGCUAAGUAUUUCGGGAAGGCUUGGUACAUGUAAUUACUUAACCUUAGCCUGCUAGCAAACUGGCAUAUUUCUCUGGCUGAGGCUGGCUCUUCAGCCUCUCGGGAUUCCCAGAGCGCCUCGCGCGGCUCUUGGCGGGAAAGCAACUGGAAGUCACAAGGCUGCUGCCGCGCCUUCAACAGCGACGGUUGAAGGAAAACGCCUGCGCAUCAGGCGAAGCGCGUGCUGCGUGGUGCAGCUUUGGUGGUCGCUGGCGCCAGCCCUCAGAGGUUGAAUUAAAGAAAAGACUUUAUCGGAAGAUGGCCACUGCACAAUUGCAAAGAACUUCCAUGAGUGCAUUGGUGUUUCCCAAUAAGAUAUCAACAGAGCAACAGUCUCUAGUGUUAGUGAAGAGGCUCCUAGCAGUUUCAGUAUCCUGCAUCACAUAUUUGAGAGGAAUAUUUCCGGAAUGUGCUUAUGGAACAAGAUAUCUAGAUGAUCUUUGUGUCAAAAUUCUGAGAGAAGAUAAAAACUGUCCAGGAUCUACACAGUUAGUGAAGUGGAUGCUAGGAUGCUAUGAUGCUUUACAAAAAAAAUACCUAAGGAUGGUUGUUCUAGCUGUAUACACCAAUCCAGAAGACCCUCAGACAAUUUCAGAAUGUUACCAAUUUAAAUUCAAGUACUCUAGUAAUGGACCAAUCAUGGACUUCAUAAGUAAAAACCAAAAUAGUGAAUCUAGUAUGUCAUCUGCUGACACCAAGAAAGCAAGUAUUCUCCUCAUUCGCAAGAUUUAUAUUCUAAUGCAAAAUCUGGGACCUUUACCUAAUGAUGUUUGUUUGACCAUGAAACUUUUUUACUACGAUGAAGUUACACCCCCAGAUUACCAGCCUCCAGGUUUUAAGGAUGGUGAUUGUGAAGGAGUGAUAUUUGAAGGGGAGCCUAUGUACUUAAAUGUGGGAGAAGUCCCAACACCUUUUCACACCUUCAAAGUAAAAGUGACUACUGAGAAAGAACGAAUGGAAAAUAUUGAUUCAGCUAUAUUGUCUCCAAAACAAUUAAAAACACCACUUCAAAAAAUUCUCAUGGACAAAGAUGAUGUAGAUGAUGAACAGGAGCAUUAUAUAAGUGAUGAUUUUGACAUUGAAACUAAAAUGGAAGAGCAGAAAAAAAACCCUGGAUCUUCUGAACUUGGAGAACCAAGUUUAAUUUGUGAGGAAGAUGGAAUUAUGAGGUCUAAACAAAGUCUAGAUCUUUCAAUUUCUCAUUCUCAGGUUGAACAGUUAGUCAGUAAAACAUCUGAACUUGAUGUGUCUGAAAGUAAAACAAGAAGUGGAAAAAUCUUUCAGAAUAAAAUGAAACAGGUGAGAAUGACCACUUUAACUCACCGGGCCCGUCGCACUGAAGUAGGCAAGAACUCUGAAAAGAAAGUGGAAAGUGAGGAAGACACUAAUCAAGACAGGAGUCCAGACCAUGAAGACUUUAGUGACUCUAAGGAUAUUCGCCUCACCCUUAUGGAAGAAGUAUUGCUCCUGGGACUAAAAGAUAAAGAGGGUUACACAUCUUUCUGGAAUGACUGCAUAUCAUCUGGCCUGCGAGGGGGUAUCCUGAUAGAGCUGGCGAUGCGGGGUCGAAUCUAUCUGGAACCCCCCACGAUGCGUAAGAAGCGACUACUGGACAGAAAGGUACUGCUAAAGUCAGAUAGCCCAACAGGGGAUGUUUUACUGGAUGAAACUCUCAAACACAUCAAAGCAACUGAACCCACAGAAACCGUCCAGACAUGGAUAGAGCUACUCACAGGUGAGACCUGGAACCCCUUCAAAUUACAGUACCAGCUGAGAAAUGUAAGAGAGCGAAUUGCAAAGAACCUAGUAGAAAAGGGUAUUCUAACCACUGAGAAGCAGAAUUUCCUCCUAUUUGAUAUGACUACUCAUCCAGUGACCAAUACAACAGAGAAACAACGACUAGUCAAAAAACUUCAAGAUAGUGUCCUAGAGCGGUGGGUAAAUGACCCUCAGCGUAUGGACAAGCGAACACUAGCACUCCUGGUGCUAGCCCACUCCUCUGACGUGCUAGAGAAUGUCUUCUCCUCUCUGACAGAUGACAAGUAUGAUGUGGCAAUGAAUCGAGCCAAGGAUCUAGUAGAACUGGACCCUGAAGUGGAGGGGACAAAGCACAGUGCCACAGAGAUGAUCUGGGCUGUGCUGGCAGCCUUCAAUAAAUCCUAAAGCCAGUGGGUGGGUUUCUCCUUUUCCCCUGCCGGCUGGUGACUGUCAGAGACACCACACUGAGUUUUGUGUGAUGAGAUGUUUUUCAUCAUUUUUUUCCUUCUCUUGAAUCAGAUUUGUGAUUUGGGGAGAGCAGCUUCAGGGCUUCUCCAUAAACUUUGGCCAUUGUAAACAGACUAUUUCUCCUUAUUUUUCCACUACAGAGGUGAAUAAACUAGGUGAACCCACACACACCCAACAGGCACCAUUUUUUCUCAUUUCUUGGUUUACUUCCACCCAGUGUGCUUUUGGAUAAGCAGGAAUAUCUAAGUGGGAUUUGAAGUUCUCCAGUCAGAAAAUGUGAGUGAGAUAUAGAGCAAACCAUUUAUUAAGUUUUUUAAAAUUUGUUUUCUAUCCUUUUUUUUUUUUAAGUAGGUUCCACGCUCAACGUGGGGCUUACUCAUGACCCCAAGGUUAAGAGUCACAUACUCUAUGGACUGAGCCAGCCAGGCGGCCCCUAUUUUCUACCUUAAAUACAUGUUUUCACAGUCUUUGUCUCUCAGACUCUACUAAGUAAUGUAGUUAUUGAAAUAACUGUUUCUUUGAAUAAGGGGCAGUGGAAACAAAACUAAUUUUUGGAGCAGAUGGUCUCUGGGAUUGUAUGUCCCACUAAUGAUUUUUUCUUCUUUCCUUUUCUAACCUAAUGAAAAGAUUGCAAAUUUGAUUGCCUGGUUCUCACAGUCUUAGAAUCAGAAAUAUAUUCUAUACUCUCUCUUAGCAUUAUCCUACCCCUUCAUUCAUUAGGACAAAAGUCUGAAUGAAAAAAAAAUGUAUCAACCAUGUCCUUCAGCCUUUAGUUAUAUGAUUUAUAAGGGAGGGAGGUAGCAUGAGAAUUUCCACUCAUUAGCACAUGACUGUCCUGAUUCCUCCAGAUAGACUCUACAUGUCUCUGAAUUGAGGGAGUUAUAAAUUUCAGUUGCUGAAUAGCAGCAUCCUGAGUCCAGACAGUCUAUCUAAACUCCAGAAGUUCUUGUUCCCUAUCUUCAACUUCCUUCAUAAAUUGAUAGAUUCUGUCUAUAUUUAAGGGUUGUAGGAGUAUUUUUGUCUACAUUUAAUUCACAGUUACCCUCCUAGUCAUUAGUCUUGUUUCAACACAACCAUCUAUCUACCCAAAUCUCUAAAAAGUUUCAAUUUUUUCAAUUCAGUAGUGAGUGCAAAGAGAAGAUUAAGAUAAAUACUAUUUAGAAGAGCAAUUUGGUGUCAAAAGCAUGCUGAUAUAAAGUCUAGUGUUUGGGAAUAUAAAGAGGACAGGCACCAAGUUGUGCUAAGGUCUAGCAUUUAUUAUGCUAAUAUUUUUUAAUGGAGCAUGCUUCAUGACCAUUACAGAGAAACAGGUUGUCAGAGAGCUAAUACAGACAACCCAGACCUGAUACCAGAUAUUCAGUAAUUACAAGAAUGAUUGUAACUUUGAUUUCCUACCGCAAACCUGUUUAGCCCCACAAAAUUCCCCAACUCAAUUAACUCAAUUAAGUUUUUCACUUCAGGUAUUGCUUAUGUGACUAGAGAUACAAAUUUUAGUGUGAAAUGAAUUCUAAAUGUGAGCCCGAGUAGAGUUUCAGUCUGGCUCUCUGAAAGUACAAAAACCAGUCCAUGUGUUGUAUCUACCUGACUUAGUUUUCCUUUCCAUUUGAACAAUUCAGCAGGAAUUGAAACCAGGUUUUCCUGUGGAAAGUAUCAGCUUGAUUGGGGGAAUGGGGGGCAGAAGUUGAGUUGAGUUCUUUCUUGCAACUCUUGGUCAGUGUUUAUUUUUAUAUUGUAUCUCAAUGAGGAUUUCUUCAGUUUGAAUCUGUAUUCACUGUAAAACACCUUCUCCUUUAAUGCAUAUGGCCUUCACAUUUCUGUACAAUAAAUAUCAAUUUUUGGUUC